CUAGGACCUGGUCACAUUAGCAUUAAUAUCGCAACAAUAAUUCAAGUCAAGUGUUCGAGAAAUAUUAUAGUUUCAUGAUUUAAUGGUAUAAAAUCUCAAAUUAAUUCAACCAAAAAUGGCCAGCACAUCUCGAGCCGCCAGAAGCCAGAAUGCCAACCUUACGCAGGCAACCCAGCACAUCACGGAAGUGGACGGCAAAGUGCGCGCCAUUUUAAACUACAUCCUCGAUCACUCCGCGGAGCAGAUUCCCAUCAAGGAGAAGGACUUGGCCACAGCGGCCGGCGACAAGAACGAGCUGAAAAAACGACUGCAACUGGUCACCGAACUUCUGGCCCAACGAUUCGGAAUCAUUUUUAAACAACUGGAUUCAGCCACCAAGACUUACAUCUGUACUUCGGAGGCCCCGAUGGCCUCCAUUCACGAACUGACACCUGUACAGCGACCCCAGAUCACUCUGCUGUACAUCAUCCUCAUGUACAUCUUUCUGCGAGGCAAUCGCAUAGAGGACUCCAAACUGUACGGCAUGCUGGAACUGCUGAAUAUCCAAGUGGACGAGGAGCAUGGGUACUUCGGAGCCAAUGUGCGGAAGCUAAUUGAGGAGACGUUCGUGAAGCAGCAGUACCUGAAGCGAGAGCGAUCCCAGCUGAACGCCUACGAUGAUCCCAAAAUCUUCUUCCUUUGGGGUCUGCGCGCCAAGGCCGAGAUUAGCUAUGAGCAUAUCGUGCAGUUCGCCGCCAAGCUGCUGAAUCAAGAUCCUCGGAACUUUGACCACCAACUGGCCAUGGCCCAGGCGGCUGAAAAUGAAGAGCAGUAAGGACUAGGACUCGUUAUAAAUAAACAUGGGGUACAAAUAAAAA